CUAGGACUUCAAUAACAAGUGAGGGGUGUUGCUCGCUUAGACAGUGGCCAAAAAAACGCGCGCCCGUACAAAUUGGGCUCUGGCCCGUUGUUUAGAUCCCACCGCUAGCGUCGAAUCGAUCGCACGAAGCCAUCGUCGUUUCCGAAAAAGAAUGCAGCAAGAGACAACACAGGAGCAACAAGGCGGCGACGCGCAAGAUGCACCCCCCGUGGCCGUCGGGACGCGCCCGCCGCAACCCAGGACCGCUCCACCAACCGAAACGCCGUAAGUAGCGUCGUCAUCGCGUCGACGUCGGCGCGACAGCGGAUGGGUGCGCACAGGUACGCGAACUACGGCGCGCCGCCGCCGCCGCCGCCGCCCGAUGCCUGGCCGCGGCCGCAGGCGCCCCGGCCGCCGCCGGGCCGCGAUAUCCGCGUAGGCGCGUGGACGCCCCAGGAGGUCGCCUACGCCACGCGCGUCGCCGACUUGUAUAGAGCGGGCUCCCUCCCGAACGCCCGACCUGUGUAGAAAUCAGCCAGUGCUCCGGGUCGAGCGGCGAGGAACCGGCAGCGCCACGCCAUCGAGCAGGCGUCGCGACGAUGGCGUGGACGACGCGAUGAUUUCCACACAGGUCCCAGACGGCAUCACGCUCCGCAUCCUCCUCUCGAAGCUGUUGAACUGCCAGCCCAUGCGCGUGUCGACCUGUGUGGAAAUCAACCAGUGCGUCGGGUGCACCGAAAAUUCUCCACUAAUUCAUUUCUCGGCGAUGACGUGGCCGCGCUGGCUCCGUCGAGCGGUGAGGAACCGCCAUCGCCACGCCAUCGAGCAGGUGCCGCGUCGAUGGCGUGGAGGUCGAACCGACGAUUCAGCGCGAACGCGCCGCAAAUUUGAUUCCACACAGGUGUCGAAGAAGUACUCGGGCGAGUCCUGGAGCCACCACGGCAAGCGACCCUACCGCCACGUCGCGGCGCCCGACCAGCGCGUCGUCGAGGAGCUCUGGCUCCUCGAGCACGCGUUCCACCGGUCGCUCCGCCCGGGCUCGGUCCUGACGACGUCGCUCCUCGGCGCGAGCGGCCUCGCGACGAUCGUGAGCGAGCGCCAGUGGGUGCGCGUCGAGCCGCCGCCCGCGCCGUCGGGCGCGAAGCGGCCGCGCGACGAGGCGCCCUCUUACGACCCGUUCGCGGACCCGGCCUACGCCUACGCGUCGGCGGCGGCGCCCCCGGCGCCGCCGCCCUACGCCUACGCGCCGCCGCCGCCAGCGGCGCCCUACGCCGCGCCGCCUGCGCCGUCGGCGCCACCGGCUGCCGACGCGGCGGCCGCGCUGCGUGCGGCCGCCGCCGCGGCUGUCGCCGCGUCCCCGCUAGCAGAGGACAUGCCGGCCCCGGCGGCCGCGUUCCCGUUCAACGUCGCCUCGUCGUCGUCCUCGUCGCCGUCAGCCGCAGUCCGCACCGAGGCCCAGCGCCUCAUCGACUCGCUCCACGCGGCGCUCGCCGGGCCGACGCCGCCGACUCUGGAGGACCUCCAGCGGACCGCGCCCGACCUCUACCAGAAAGCGCUCGCCGCCGCGGCGGACCGACUCGCCCGCCGCGAGUGAAAAACUCGCCGCCGCCGAGGAGCGGGCCGCGAGUGA